AUGGCCUCUUCAUCGAGUCAUGACUUCAUCUCAUCCUUGCCAGGGGAUGGCCUGACGUCAGGUGAAGCCGUCACCAGCUCCCAUGGAGGUUGCUCGUCAGGGAAUCAAGACGGGGAGAAGCAGGAAGAGCGACCUUCAGGCUUGCCUGUAGCAGAGCGGUGUAAGUCCCUGCUAGCAGCGAACUGGCGCGCUCAGCUCACCACAGUGCGGGCAGGAGUUCAGUCCGAUUCAGAGGAGGACGAUGCCUCACCAGCUGCCAUGGCACGGGAGAAGCUGCAUGGGUCGUUGGUGCGCUACAUCAUGGUGGAUGGCUCUCCCAUCGUUGCUCUCCUCCCAGAUGACCCCCACCAUGUGAACCUUCUUAUGGACGACAGGGCUUCACUCACGGUGGGGGGUACUGACCCCCCUGCUCUCAUCCGCUCCCUCCUCACAUCCGGCCAGAUGCCACCCCGUGUUGCCCUUCUGGGCGAGCUUGUGGCCGUGGACUCAUCCGAGACCUCUUUCAUCCUCCGUCGCUUUACAGCAAAGGCGGAGGCAGCUGCAGCGGCUGUUGCUAGACUGGAGGCCGCUUUGCCCUCCCCUCCCUCCUCCCCUCUCCCCUGCCCGCCACCCCUCUUGCAAACUGUGGCGGAAGGUGGUGGGGGUGGGAAAGGAGAGGAGGGGGCUCUGACCUUUUUCCGCAUGGAAGCUAGGUCCUGUCAGCUGGUUGAUUUCAAAGGCAAGCGAACGUCACUGCCUGUGGCAGAUGUCAAACCAGCCGCCACGGACCCCCUAGCCACGUCUCUCGUCCCUCUGCUCCUCGCACUCAACUCCUCCGCCGCGUCGCGGACUGCCUUUGCUUCCUUCUGCGAGGCGUUUCUGCAAGUGCCUGCUCGCCCACAGACCACAUUUCUCUUCUCUGCUGACCGCCGAGGCUUCAACCUCCUCUCACAGUCGCUGCAGCCACCACAACAGCAGCAUGCAGAAGAAUCCAGCCCAUCAGAGAAGCCGCAGUGGCGAGAAUUUAGGUUUGAGUUUCAAAGAGAAGUCACAGAUGCCAAGGGGUUUAUGCAGGUGCUUAGGGAAAUGGAAGAGGAGGUGAAAUCAGAACCGAAGAAGUAG